UUUAGUUAUGAUAUAGUUCGAAUAUAUUUAUUCGAAUAUAUUUUUUCGAACUAAAAAAAAUCAAACUGUAAGACCAACACAACUACGCGAUGAGUUUGAGUAAACUUUUUGCUGGUAGGAAGAGGAAUAGUUCAGUAUGGAAAUGGUUUAAAUACGAUGCGUCAUCCGACAAAUCAGUAUGUUUAGUUUUACUUGAUGGUGAAAAAGUAUGCAAUACAAAGUUGUGUGGAAAGAACCCAACAAAUCUUAAACUACAUUUAGCAAGAAACCAUAAGUCUGUACACGUUGAGCUGGAAGAGUCGGAAUUAAAGAAAUUAAGUGAAAAAAAGCAAACAGGGAUAAAGAGAAAAGCAGUGGAUGAAAAUGGACCCACUCUUUUAGAAUCGUCCUCAAAUCAGAACCAGACCUUGAUUCAAUGCAUUAAUCGUAGGAAUACCGCAUGGCCUAUUAAUUCACACGAGCAUAAAAUUCGACUAAACUCUCUUAUUCAAAUGAUAAUUGCAACAUGUAAUCCAGUGACAUUGGUGGAUAAUGCGAGUUUUAGAAAGUUAGUUAAUACCUUGGAUUAUAAAUUUUCAUUGCCUGCUUCUGCCAAAAUUACUAGCCUACUUAAUGAAGAAUUUACUGUUUUAACGAGAAAACUUCGUGACUUCAUAUCUGAAGGCAGGCGCUUCACAAUAUGCCUUGAUGGCUGGACUAAAAAAGGUCUUACUGCGUCCUUUUUAGGAAUUUCAGUUUGUUUUUUUCACUUCAAAUCCGAAAAACCAAUACAUGCUCUGCUUAAUUUGUAUCUUGUGAAACAUCCACAUACAGGUGAACAAAUUGCUAAUUGUUUUGAAAAAUGCAUAAAGUUGUCGAGAAUGAAAGCUCAAGCUGAACGUGAUAUACUUAUUGAAUUAGAAAGUGAGGUUAAUGAAGAGCAGAUAACAGAUCUGGAAGACGAUGAGAAUAUGACAAAUAGUGAAGAGUGGGAACAUGUUGACUUGAUAGUUGAUGUAAUAGAAAACGUAGCAUUUAGAAGAUUGGGAUGCAUUGCACAUGUUAUACAGCUAGUUGUAAAACUUGCAUAUGAUGGUAAAUAUCAUGGCUUACUUUUGAAGGUACGUGGAUUAGUGGGAAAAGUUCGCAAAUCUUCUGUUGCAUUGGAAAAAAUUAUCAACAAAUGUGGUAAGACUGUGAUCAGCGACUGUUCUACAAGAUGGAACAGCACUUACUUUAUGGUUCGGAGAUUUCUGGAAAUAAAGACAUCUAUCAACGAAGUGCUUGGAGACCUUAACAUUGAUUCACUUGCCAAUAGCGAAUGGAUAAUACUUCAGGAUUUUGUCAAUCUUUUAGAACCUUUUGCCAAUGAAACUGAUAUUCUUCAGACGGAUGCACUUUCACUAUCCAGUGUUAUACCUUCAAUACUUAAUUUAGAAUGUCACCUUGAGCAAUUUGGAGAUGCCAAAGAUGUAGCAGUUAAAAUGCUUGAAGAUCUACGCCGUCGUUUUGCCGUUCUUUUGCAGCCAAACGAUCCUAAUUUUAAUCCACUGCCAUGUGCCGCAUGUCUACUUGACCCCACAUGUGCAAUAGCUCUUUUAGGUAAUGAGCAUACACAAAUCAGAGAGUGUGCAAAGAAAUACAUUUUGUCAGAGGCUAAAAAAUCGGUGCAACAUGAUUUACCUUUAGCAAGUGCAUCUACUCUUUCUGUUGAGAUUGCUCCAGAAAUAAAUGGAUUAACAAAAUAA